AUGCCUUCCUUUUAUGUCAAAAGAGCUGAUCAAGCAUCCAUAAUCGGAGGAGUUGUCAAUUACAUCACUGAGUUACAACAAGUUCUACAAUCCCUAGAAGCCAAGAAACAAAGAAAAGCUCGCACAGAAGUUUUAAGUCCUCGUUUGGUUUCAAGUCCAAGACCUUCACCCCUUAGUCCAAGAAAGCCUCCAUUGAGCCCCAGAUUAUACAAACCCAUUAGCCUAAGAACCCCACAGCCAAACAGUCCCUACAAAACCUGGCUACAUUCACCAACCAAUUCGUCUUCAAAUUCCUCCAUGAAUGACAGUGUUAAUGAACUUGUUGCAAAUUCAAAAUCUGCCAUUGCUGAAGUAGAAGUCAAAUUUUCUGGUCCAAAUGUAUUGCUCAAGCCUGUUUCUCCAAAACUUCAAGGCCAAACAGUGAAGAUAAUAUCUGCACUUGAAGAACUUUCCCUGGAAAUCCUUCAUGUGAAUGUUAGCACAGUUGGGGACACAAUGAGAAAUUCUUUCACUAUUAAGAUUGGAAUUGAAUGCCAACUUAGUGCAGAGGAACUCGCUCAGCAAAUUCAGAAAACGUUCUGCUAA